CCAAUAUUUAAAAUCAACAAGUGCAUAGAUCGUUUGAGGUUCCUCAGAAAAAGAUACAGCAUGUAUUCAAAACGUGUGUAGGUGGAGCAAAUACCAUCCUCUUCCAUAUGAUGUGAAAGUUACGCAUUUAACCUACUAGAGUGCGCAAUUCUCACACUUCCCCGCACGAACGGCGGAACUGUCACUUCCAUCAAGCUAAGGAGUGCUCAGCCACAUCAACGCACAAAACCAACCCACAGUCAAACCACAGUGAUUUUCCCUCUUCUUUAUUGAAGUCCUCCUUUCUUGUAUGUUGACUUCUUGCCUUUUCUUUUUAUUUGGAAAGCUCGAAAACACCCCAGAUCAGCGCCGUGCUCUUGGUUCAGCAUGCGUUUGGCGCACGGAGUGGACUCUUGGCGAGCUUUCGGGAUAUUGGCGCGGGGAUGAUGUUCAACUCAUCGGGUCCAUUAGAUAUUUUCUCGUUCACCCACCCAGAGGUCGUUUCGGAAGUUCUCAAUGGUUCUUCACAACUGUUCUUUAACGCCCCGAUGGCCAUGUGGAACAAUUCCUGCGGGGAGCAGUUACUCGACUAUACCACGACGGAGAAGAUCGUCAUCGGCUUGAUUUUAGCUAUCAUCACCACCGUUACGGUGAUUGGAAAUACGCUGGUGGUGAUCGCGGUGUGCGUCGUUAAAAAGCUCAGACAGCCCUCCAACUAUCUGUUGGUGUCUCUCGCCGUGGCAGAUCUCUCCGUGGCGAUCGUGGUGAUGCCUUUUGUGAUCGUGACGGACCUCACGGGUGGAAUGUGGCUUUUUGGAGAAGUCUUCUGUAACAUUUUCAUCGGGAUGGAUGUGAUGUGCUGCACGGCGUCCAUCAUGACGCUGUGCGUGAUCAGCGUGGACAGGUAUCUUGGCAUCACCCGCCCUUUGACCUACCCGGCUCGCCAAAACGGCCAGCUAAUGGCGAAAAUGAUCUUCGGGGUGUGGCUCGUGUCGGCCUCCAUUACUCUGCCGCCGUUUUGCGGGUGGGCGAAGAACGUCAACACCGCUGGCGUCUGUUUGAUCAGCCAAGACUUUGGCUACACCAUCUACUCCACUGCCGUGGCCUUCUAUAUCCCCAUGAUCGUAAUGCUCUUCAUGUACUACAAGAUCUUCAAGGCCGCCAGAAAGAGCGGCGCCAAGCAUCGUUUCACCGACUUCUCCCGCCGCGAGCGCCUGGAGACGGUGGCCAGCGAAGCGCUAAGGAUGCAAGGGCUCAAACCUCAACCCGGCGUCGCCGAGGAGUGUGCCGCUCUUUCCCGACUGCUAAGCCGUGAGCGACAGAACAUCUCCAUCUUUAAGCGGGAGCAAAAGGCAGCCACGACCCUGGGCGUGAUAGUCGGGGUGUUUGGAAUUUGUUGGUUGCCGUUUUUCAUUCUGUCUACAGCGAGACCGUUCAUAUGUGGGGUGAAGUGUAGCUGCAUACCCAUUUGGCUGGAGAGGACGCUGCUGUGGUUCGGCUACACCAACUCGCUGAUGAAUCCCUUCAUUUAUGCUUUCUUUAACCGGGACCUCCGCUCCACAUACAGAGACCUGCUCCGUUGCCGAUAUAGAAACAUAAACCGUCUGUCGGCUGUAGGGGUUCAUGAGGCAUUGAAGGUUUAAGAGACAAAGUACAGAUAAAAGAUAAGGUUUAGCCCAAAUGUGCUUACAUCAGAUGACAUAUAAUUCAGAUGGGACUGAAUCACUGUCAUCAACCAAGACUUAAAAGCCAGGUGAAUGGACAACAAUGUGCAGCAUUAUGAUUUAUAAUCAUUUUAAUGGAUAGCAGGAAUUAUGGGAUACAUAGAAAAAAAAUAACAAGACACGGGGUCUCAUAUUUCUUCAGAACAGGGAUAUUUCAGUUCCAUUAAAGCAUUUUUGGUCCGUAGAUGUUCGAGCACUGUUGUUUUUCAGAUGAGAAAGUAUACCAUAUUAGACCUAGUUUAACUGUAGAUUACAAACACUAACAUUUUUUAGCUUACAGUUUAAAUUUGACAAUAACAGUAAAAUAAAUGACAACAAAGCUUACGAAGCUUAAACUAUCCUAAG